AUGGAGAGUAAUAAGAUGAUUUGCGAUGGCUGCGAGAACAACACAUUCGAAGAAGAAGACGGUUUCUUCUACUGCCUCAAUUGCGGAGAUCGAGCAGCCGAUAUAAUCGCAACCGUCGCGGACGACGAGGACAUAGGCGGAGAAGGUCGCGUGGGAACGUAUUCACAGGCCAACACUCGCCGUCUAGCAACACAGCCAACAGCAACUCCUUCGCAUCCCGAGGAAACGAACCGUUACUCCCAGUUUCGAUCUCAGCUCAAAUCCGCAACCAAGACCCCUCAACAACCUACUAGAGACGACAUAGGAGCGCCAACGGAUCCGGAGGAUUUCGGAGGAGAAGCUGUUCCUUUGAGCUACGAGGAUUGUUAUCAACAGACGAGGGAGAGAUACGCUAGUGGUCUUAUCAUGAUGAUGACUUAUCAGUGCGAUGCGUUGGUUGAUAAGUUUUAUGUGACGCCGUUAAUUAUUGGUCUUGUCCCAGAGAUUUUUUUACGUUUCUUGGCUGUCUCUGGUGCUUUUGAUCAAGAUUGGGCUGAUAAUGCUAUUCGUGAUUCCGAGCUUCAGUCUCAAGAGACAAAUGGAGAAGUAAGAGAGAGUAAGAAGCGGAGUAGAAAAAAAGGCAAAGGUGAUGAUUCAGAACAUCGUAGCUUUGAUGGUAAAAGAGCAGUGAUGAUAUGGCUAAGUCAGCUUAGGAACUCUCUGCCUUUGUCUAGCUCUCUCGCUAUAUCGUUCCUUGCUUGUCACAAUGCGGGAGCACCGGUUCUACCCACGGAUAUUGUGAGAUGGGCACGAGAAGGUAAGCUUCCGUAUCAGUCAUGCUUCGUCAAGAUUCAAGAACAGAUGGGAGAGCGUACAGCUGCGUGUCCUGUGGGAGCAAGCGUGAUGUUCAGCCCUGAUGAGAUUCUUUCUGCUCACAAGUUGGAAGCACAAGCCGCCUCCAUUGCUGAUGUUAUCGGUUUGGUUUUGCCUCCCGUGAAUUUCUACGCCAUUGCUUUGAACUAUCUGAAGCGUUUGUCUGUUCCGGAGGAUAAGGUUGUUGAUCUUGUGCGUCUCAUACACUACUGGGCAAUGCCUUCGGAGAUAUACUUGUCCAAAAGCCAGCACAGGCUUCCCUCUCGUGUCUGUGUCAUGUCUGUUCUUGUUGUGGCCAUACGGAUGCUUUAUAACAUCAAUGGUUUCGGUAUGUGGGAACAGAGUUUGGAUGAUGCUGCUGCUAGUGAGACGGAGGAGUCUGGUGAUGAUGAUGGAGAGUUAACACAAGUCAAGAAGGCUACUGAGUUUGAUACGAAAGAGCUUAUGAAGACCCUUGAAAGGAAAUAUUACGAGCUCGAUGCUGAAACAAACGAUGGAUUUGAGACUGAUCUUUUGUCAUAUUUAUCGCACGGGAAAAACGAGAUCUUUGCUGGAUUAGAAGCAGCAUCAGCUGAUGACACAUACAGAACCGUUGGUAAGCUGUGGAAUAGUUACCAGAAGGUAGACGAGGAAUCCGAGACUCCAAUUAAGAGGGGAAGAGACACUCCUUGUAGUAGUAAUGCAACAACAAGCGAAACCAGGUCAAUGGAGCCAUCAUUGGAAUAUUCUCCAUCACCAGAUCAUCAUGAUGAAGAAGAUGGAUCCAAGGAGAGAGCGAUAAGCAGACUAAUAGCAGACAUGGGGGAGAACUUUUUCGUCUACAUACCGCCACGAGUGAAAGUAAAGAGACAAGGGUAUAUUCAGUAUGUGAGGAAGAAAGAAGAUGGAGCAUUAACAUACGCGGUUCACGCUGACUACUACAUUCUUUUGCGUGUUUGCGCUCGGGUCGCUGAGAUUGAUGCUAGGAAUAUGCAUAGAGGUGUGUUGAGCUUUGAGAGAAGAUUAGCUUGGAUUGAGAAAAGGAUUGAUCAUGUUUUGCAUCAAACUCCAUCAUCUAGUUUUAUGACAUGUAAGCACUGUGACGAUGUGAAAUUAGUUGUAGCCCUUUUCUCGGCAUGUGGGAGAUAUUUAACUGCGUGUGUUAUUCCUCAUGCUGAGACAGGUCUGCAGACUCUGGUCCAACAAGAUUCAGGGCUUGCAACUUCCCGUACUCGACAUCCUGUCACAGUUAUCAAGUCAUGUAUGAAAGGGAACCUAAGUGUUACUUCCAUCUGUUUUCCUGGUGUUAAUUAUUGA